GUUGUAGACGAGAGAGAGAGAGAGAGAGAGAGAGAGAGAGAGAGAUGGGUCGAGGCCGAGCGCCGUGCUGCGAGAAGGUCGGCCUGAACAAAGGCUCAUGGACGCCGGAGGAGGAUAUGAGACUGAUGGCCUACAUUCAGAAGUAUGGGCAUGGGAAUUGGCGUGCUCUUCCCAAAAAAGCAGGUUUGCUGCGAUGUGGGAAGAGUUGCCGUUUGAGGUGGAUUAACUACCUUCGGCCUGACAUAAAGCGUGGAAACUUCACCAGGGAAGAAGAGGAAACCAUAAUUAAGCUACACGGAUUGCUUGGAAACAAAUGGUCGAAAAUAGCUUCUUGUCUGCCAGGAAGAACUGACAAUGAGAUCAAGAGUUGGAACACACACUUGAAGAAGAGGCUCUUGCACAGAGGCCAAAGCCAGCAGACCGACAAGCUUGGAGAGACACCGAGCUCGUCUUCUUCCACCCCGACCCACUCAAGCUCUGAUCAACGGUGA